CCUAAUCAGUGAGAGGGGGAAUGCAGGGGACGCAUGCUCAGUAUGGCUGCAGUGGUUCCCUUAGCUGCUUGCUACUGCCAUUUCCAAGGGUCUGUCACAAAAGACAGAGGAAGAUCAGGCACUUAGCAAAUUAGUAUUUGGGCUGGGAAGGAAGCUUUAAUUCUUGAUGAUAAUAAUGGCGUCUCCUUCUGUCUGGAGAGCGAUGUGGAUGGCAAUCCCGUUAAUUUCAGUGGUUGGCCUCUUGAGUGUGAAGCUGGUGGGGGCCAGUCAAGAAUCUGGGAGUGUCAUUCCAGCAGAAAGUCGUCCCUGCGUUGACUGCCAUGCGUUUGAAUUCAUGCAGAGGGCCCUGCAGGAUUUAAAGAAGACUGCAUACAAUCUAGACACACGGACAGAAACCCUCCUCCUGAGAGCAGAAAAGAGAGGCCUAUGUGAUUGCUUCCCUGCAAUGCACUGAAAUGAGCACUGGGACAUGGCCAAUGGACAUUAUUCAUUUUAAAAAUGCUAUUGAAUAAACUACGGGCAGAUUUAUCGAG